AUGCAGAAUACGCUGCAGCCACAGCAUGAGCUAAUGCUACAAGACCAGGAGCAGCAGCAGGCAGCAAGACACAGCAGCAACAGCAGCAGCAACAGCAGCAGCAGCAGCAGCAGCAGCAGCAGCAGCAGCAGCAGCAGCAGGAGCACUGAUGCAUACCACGAGUUAAACUCAAAAGAGAAGAAGAAUAGCCCUCCGCGCACCGCAGCGGCAGCUGCAGCAAACAUCGCCUCACAGCAGCAGCAGCAAAAGCUGCAGCAGCAGCAGCAGCAGCAGCAGCAGCAGAAGCAGAGAGAACAGCAGCAGCAGCGGCAGCAGCAGCAGGGAGAACAGCAGCAGCAACAGCAGCAGCAAGAGCACCAGCGGUAG